CCUGGACAACCAAAGGACCCCGCAAACCAAUGGGGUUGGGCCUUGUAACGCUCCGCGCCGCGUCAGUACAGUUGUGUCGUGAGAGCGGAGGAGAAAAGAUGUGUCGUUGCGAACCUUAGGAACUUUCCCCGCAUCUACCUUAUUUUCUAUACAGUCAUUCUUAAACAAAUCUGUGAUAAUGGCAGACCAGCAGUUCUGCCUGAGAUGGAACAACCACCAAAGCACACUGAUCUCAGUGUUCGACUCUCUAUUGGAGAGGGGUGCUAUGGUGGAUUGCACUCUAGCAGCAGAAGGGCAGUGUUUACAAGCACACAAAGUUGUGCUUUCAGCAUGCAGUCCAUAUUUAGAGACUUUGCUGAGCCAGCAUUACGACAAACACCCUAUUCUGCUCUUGAAAGAUGUGAAGUUCUACGAGCUUCAAGCCAUGAUGGAUUACAUGUACCGUGGAGAAGUGAAUGUGGCGCAAGAUAAAUUAGGCAUGUUUUUAAAAGCUGCAGAAUCCUUACAAAUUAAAGGAUUAUCAGACAGUGGGGGAAAUGAACCACCUGAUACAGGUGGGGGGACAAGUGCUAAACGGACUAGUAAAGGUGCUCCAGUAACAAAUGUUCCACGCUCUGGCGGUGGAUUAACAGUGGAAAGGCGGAGGCCACAACAACCUCAAACUUCGCAAGUAGUGGACAUUCCUUCAGAUAGUGGUUCUCGUGAUGGUAGUGAAUCCCCUUCAUUAAGAAGAAAACGACGGCGAAGAACAUCAGGUGGUGAUGAUAGUGCUGUUGAGGGUGACUCUUCCAAUACUGGGGAUGUGUCUCGUACACAGUCCUCGGCCCCCCUUAGUUCUGACCAAGUGCCAAUGAAUGGUUCAGCGGACAGUAAUGCCUUAGGAAUUCUUUCAUCCCUUAUGGAUGGAUCUGUUGAGACUGAUAAUAGUGUACAAGAACCCGGACCGUCAUUAGGAGCAACAAGUCAAACCCAGCCUUCACAACGGAUACGAGAAAAAACUGAACCUACCUCUGGCCCAAUGAUUCAACCUAAAUCGGAAUACCUAGACACUGAAGAAAAUAUAGAAGACCUUACUUUGGAUGAUGACAACGAUAUGGACAGCGGAAUGGAUGCAGGACCCUCACAACGGCAAGGAGCAGGCUACCAGUGGCACAUGGGUGAUCAAGGAGCUGACGAAGUCUUCAUGGCAGCACAAGAGGCAGUUGGCGCAAACAGAGAUGCACAAGGAGGUGCUGGCGCACUGGAUGGCAACAGCAGUGCUGAUGGCUCCUCUUCUUCUCACCUUCCAACCUGGGCUACAAUUCGCUCUCUUCUGGGUAGCCUGCCCCAUCUAUCAGUAACUGCCAAUCCCAACGAUGGUUCGAAGACAAGACCAAAUAUCCGUCAACAACCCUGUUCUAAGUGUUGCAAUACUCCUCCUACUUUACUCAUAAACACUACACUAGUAAGUCAUACAGGCUUGUCGCGUACUGAGUGGAGAGUUGUAUCUAGUAAUUCCAAAGAGUUUUCUGCUAUUGCUCAACGGUCUAACUUUUGUAAGUUUGAUGAGGAACCUGACAUUCAGGAAGGCACAGAUCUAAAUCAUGGCAAAUGCACAUCCCUGUACAGUUUUGGAGAAAAGAGUGUUGAGGAGUGUAACAAGGACUUCAUGAAGAAAAAGAAGCAUACUGCUAUUCAGGUCAGCACGAGCUUGACCAAUGAAUCUACUCAGGUACAUUUUGGGGAACUUGAGGACUUGCAGUCUUGUGUCGAUAUUGUCCCUACUAGGAGGAAUACUGCUAUACGAGGGCGAGGUAGUCGAGGAAGGAGAGGUAGAGGUGGUGGGCGUCAGAGACGAGGAGCUUUCAAAGUAGAUCGUCAUUCAAAUGAUCCUCAACAGACUAGGUCUUUUAGACCACGUAAGUCAACUUGUUAUCUCGAAUUACCGGAUGAAGUUGAAGAUUAUAUGGAUGACGAAGAUGAUGACAGUAUUAAGAGGCAUUUUUCCGAGGAGCACAAAGCAGAAGAUUUUGGAAAUAUGUCACUCAGAAAACUGAAGAAAAUGAUGAGGAAGAGGUCUCAGUCAAUGCAGCAUACAUCUUAUCCUACUGAGAGAAAUGAAUCUACUGAGGAAAUUGAUAUGACUCAUGGAAAGAAUCCUUUACUCUUAAAAUUGGCAAAAAAAACUGACUCUGGAGCUGAAUGGAAAGUGGAAACUGUCACGAAGAGUGAAGAUCUCUCUGUGAUAAAGUUUGAUCCCCAGUGCCCGAAUAAAGGGAAGGGUGAAACUCAGAAGAUUCAAGCUGCAUCAUCUACCGCACCUUGCUCUCAAGUCCCAAGAGUACGUGCCAGCUCGACGGAUGAUUCUUUCCUGUCUGAACAGGAGCACGCAUCAUACCCCUGUAGUUUGUCAGACUCUGAUAUUGCCAGUGCUAAAUCUCCAAAACUGGAAGAUUUAAAAAAGGUCGCAACUGUGCCUAGUGAAAGUAAAGCAGGUAUUUCUUCUCCCAGCACGAAAAGAGCAAGGGCGCCUUAUUCAAAACUUCUCAUGACAAAAAAGCGACAAAUGUUUAUGAAAUCUAAGAAAAGUGGUGCUCUGUUUAGAAAAGCUCUGAAGGAGUGUUCAGAAAAAUCUAAAAUGAAGCUCACAACACCACUGAAAGCACCUUGCAACUCUCCUAAAGAAAAUGUGAUUGUCUCUGCUGCCACACCUAAGAGGGUGUCAACACCUGGGCCAACAGAGACAGAGGCACCCUCCCCAAAAGAAACACUUCCAGUGUCUCCAGCAUCACCAGCUGUCAAAUCAGAAGUACUUGCACCAACAAUUGAGGAUGUUAAACCAGUUCGUUCUGCAAUUUUCACCCAUGAUAAAAAAAAUGAAAAGAAAAGUCGCUUUAAAGAAAAGAAGAAAAUAGACGACUCAUCAAUUUUAUCACAUGGAAAAUUCAAAUGUAAUUUAUGUGACAACUACUUCCAAACUUGGUUAGCUGCUAAAAAGCAUUGGAUAAAUUUCCAUCGUGUUCCUGGUGGUUCUACAUCACCUUCACUGGAUAUAUCGGGGCCUGAUUUAAGUUCAAAUGUUGUAGAUUUACCAAAUUCAGCAAUCGGACUUCCCAAACCAAAGACUCCUCCUCUUCCUACCUCUCAAGCUUUGCCAAUAUUACCACCAGUGCCAGCUCUUCAACCUCUAUCUAGUGCUCCUUAUGCUGUGCCAGCACCAUCGCCAUCAAUCUCAUCUUAUUCCUUUGCACCAACAUUUUCCACAUCACAGACCUCAACCACAUAUCAAGGAGCUAUUGUACCAAAUCCAUUGGUUACAUCUGCUUCUGCCCCUGAAAAAGAGCAGGAAGCUCCACUCGAUCUACCUGUCCGCUUCCUUGAUACAAUUUAGAGAGGAACACAAUUUUGGGGAAAAACAAAAGACCACAGAAUAUUGUUGUGGUUUUUUUAAGUUUUGCAUUUAAUUCUAGAGCAUGGCAUAAUUACAACGGGGUGUAUCCCAUUUCUGUCUGUCUAUUUCCUCUACCCUGUCUUUUUGCCCUUUCAUAUUUGUGGAUAAAGGCCUCUUCAUUUCUGUAAAUAUUCAACAAAUUUAGAUUAAUCUAUCUUAAAUACUCUAAUUUAAUUUACAUUAAUUUACAAAAACAAUUUUUUUUUUUUAAUUGUCAGAACUUGCAUGUGCAAGAAGAAGCUGGGGGAAUCUCAAAGGGUGCUGUAACCAAACAAUGGACAAAGUAUUACCUAGACACAAAAUAUAUGUAGUAUAAGUAAAAUUGUUUUAAAAAAAUAUUAUUUGAAUUUGUGUAAUGUUUUUUCUGUGAUAAUUCUCUUUGAUUGUGAUUUUCCCCAUAUCUAGAGUAUUACAUUCUAGUUUGUUUAUAUUUGACUCAAAAAUGUUUUACUAAUAACUUAACUUAAAAAAUUCUCACCUAAAAUACCUUUUGGUUUUUAGAGCUUGUGUCAUGCAAGUUAUUGUUACCCUUAUAAAUGUGCCAUUUUUUAGUAUCUAUUUUCUGUGUUUAGGUCAUUGACUCUAGGAUACUGUUAUUCCCACCUUUAACGUUUUGAAGUGCAGAUAAAAAUAUGUUAUUGCUAUGAAAGCCUUUUGCUCUCACAUAGCUUCAUAUAUAGUAGUGCCAAAACAUGUAUUCAAGUAGGGAUGCCUCACUUCAUGUAUACUGUUUGUUGGGCAGUCGGUAAAGGUUCCAUCAUGGCUCCUCUAUGCUGUUCUUUAAAAACUGGCGUUUUGCAUGGAGUACUAUUACAGUUGACGAAGAUUUUUUUUUCUGAUUUUUCGUUGAAAUAGCUUGUUCUUGAAUUUAUUAGUGCACAUGUCAUAUUCAUACAGAAAUUUUGUGCCACUGUAUUUAUUUAUCUGUGAUUUUUGAUUUACCAAAAUAUUACUUUGAACCUUUCACCUUCGAUUAUAGUUAAAUGUGUGUUUAAUAGAUGUAGAAAGUAGAGCAGUUUGAUUCUAUACCUCCAAUAUCAGUAUUAUACCAAUAUUUAUCUUCCAAAUUUAUGAUGUAGUUAGCAGUAAGGAGCUGGAUAACUUUUUUCAUGAAAGCAACUGAAAAUAUAAAAAGAAAUUAAACAAAUAAAGAAGCACCAUCAUCACUGUGCUUUUAGGAUUUAAAAAAAUUAUGUCAGUCCUGUUAUUCAGUCUGUUACUUGUAUUUGUCUAUGUUAUCCUUCCUGGUCAUUGUGCUUACUACACCCUUGCUUUUCAGAGAAAGUAAUUUCUGUUGUAAAAUUAUCUGACCCAUGGACCUUUAGGAAAAUGCUAGCUAACCCACAUCUACCCUAGAAAAUUAAUAAAAUUUAUGGAUGUAAA